AUGGGAUAUAUUCUAACAGGCAUUGAUGGGUACAACUUCAAGAGGAAAACCCGAUCAGAUGUUAACGAAGACGCAACGCAGAAACGUCGCCGUUUAGAGUUGGCCAAGCAGCGUUCCCAGCUGCCACUAUAUCGCCUCCCAGAAGAGGUGCUUGAUAUCAUCUUUGUCAUGACAGGACCAUAUAAUGCAUUGGCGCAGACUCUGCGCUACUUCCACAACCUCUUCCAUUAUGAACAUUCCUCCACCCCGCCCCUAAUAUGUCAAAAAAACUUGCUGCUUGUGAUGCUGAUGUCACGAGCGUGGUACACUUUUGACGCUAACUAUUCUCUUGACUUGGAAAAGCUCGCCAAGAAGUUCACUCGAUACCGUACAUAUAUUGACCGACUGGAACUGAGGCGAGCGAAAGCCAUUCUUUCGGAUCUCGGGGCUUACAUUGUCCUCUUCAUUCGUAAUUCAUCCGUGUUGGUGGAUUCAGUGUUUGCUCAGAAGUUUAUGACGCUUGAAGUCUACAAGAAGGUUUUCAUGAAGAUGCUUCGUGACGCCAAUAGAACGGCCGAGACGUUUAUCUCCAAAAUCAAUAGCACCAUGGCACUGUACAUCACCCAAACUGCCAUUGAGCACCCGCUAUUCUUGAGUCCCCGUGAGUUGGUACAGGAGUCCCAGCGACGAUACCAAUUUAUUGAACUUGUGUUCAAACACUUGGCUAUGCUUCUUGAUUCGACAACUGAAGACCUUACAAUGGAGGCAAUUUCUGAAUUUAAAGAACCAAAAAAACUAGCCAUUGAUUUCAAAGCUGAUACCACGUUUACUGAUGAGCGCCUCAGCAUGCUAGCGGAAGUGUUGCCGCAAUCAGCAGGGUCUCUACGUGAGUAUCCCGAUGAGCUAGUAGCGGUGCUUGAACAAAACAAAUUGACGUAUAUGAAUCUUGGAGGAUCGUCACGGGCUCUUCCAGAACCGAUGUUUUGGAAAGGGUUAGCGGAUGCCCGACGUCGGGAGCUUUUGAUACCAUUGGUUGCUUCAGGGUGUGAAGUUGAUCAAACUCGUCUUAUGCUAGCCACCAUCGAAAGUUAUACCAACUCCACUAUUUCCUUCCCCCUUGCCGACGCUUUACAAGAAUUAUACAAACUUGACGUUGCUGAACCUUUGGCUGCGGUGCCCUUAAUUGAACUCUGCCACCAGUAUCCAGAUAAUGACCAGUAUACUGAGGCUUUGGUCAAAACGUUGGAGUGGGUAUAUUCUACUAGUCAGGGCCCGGAUGAGGAUAAUACUCUUUGGAAUGUAGUUGGACGACUUAAGGAUCGCCGUCUCGCCGAAAUUUUGUUUCGUUUUGACGACAGGCCUCUGCUGGAUAUUCUCGGUAUCUUUUGA